AUGGAUGAUUCAUUUAUCAUGGCUAAUUUCCAUGAGUUAUGUCGUCUCUGUUUACGUAAAAGUGAAUUCACAAUAUCAAUUUUUGGAGCUGUUCCUGACAAUGAAGAAAAUAUAUCUCUAACCUCGAAAAUUGCUGAAUGUCUCGAGCUGCAGAUGGAUCCCAAUGAUGGUCUUCCUACUAGGAUCUGCUACAAAUGCUUAUUUAAGGUUAAUAAAUGCUCCAAAUUUAGAUUGCAAUGUAUACAGAGUGAGGCCAGAUUGAGACAAAUAACUAAUCGUGUGAAUGAGUUAGAUAAUUCAAACUCAUCAGAAUUAAGUAAUUAUAAUUUUAACAACACCCCAGAAACAUUAAAACCAAAGGCUGAAGAUUAUAUUGUUGAAGAUAGUGUUGUGAUGGUAGUAGACCCAAGUUUAGACUAUGAUUCUUCAGAAGAAUCUGAAUAUGUAGAUCAAACAGAAACGGAGACUUGUGAACAAGAUAACACACCUGACGGAGAAACAGCUUCGGAAUCGUUUUAUAAAAAUGUAUUUAUGUGUCAAUAUUGUGAUCAGGCAUUUGUGUCUCAAGAAAAGUGUAAAGAACAUGAGCAAAGCUUCCAUGACCCAAAUCUCCCUUAUAAAUGUGUGGAGUGUAGUUUAGUAUUUUCAGAACGCAGCCAAUUCGUUGCACACACUAGGCAAGUUCAUGGUAAUGAUAAACCCUAUCAUUGCCCAGAAUGUGACAAAUGUUUUGGUAGACGCUCUGACUUGAGGAAGCAUUCUAUAGUUCACACUGGUAUAAGACCUUUUCAGUGCCAUUAUUGUCUUAAGAGCUUCUCAAGGAAUACAAACCUAAGUAAACAUUUAAGAAUACACGCAGGACACAAGCCUCAUGUAUGUCCUUUAUGCCCGAGAAGCUUUGUAGCAAAAGGUGAUUUACAGAGACAUGUACUAGUUCACUCGGGUGUUAAACCCUAUGCAUGUAGGAAAUGUCCACUAACAUUUGGACGAAGAGAUAAGCUGAUAAAGCAUGAAGUCCGACAUGGACCUGUCAGUCCAGAAAACAAAGAAUAUGAAAAUGACGAUGCCCAUGAUAUGGUUGUUAAUGUAAAUCCUUUUAGUAAUCUAAUGACAUCCCCAACUCAGCACAAUGUUGAAAACACUAAUGAAUAUGACUUACCAAGAGUUCCGGACCAUAUUGCUGGAGAUAGUACUUUUUUAAAUCAAAUUCAAAAGAAUCCAUCCACUUCUAGCAAACCUCAAACCAAUUCACCACCCAAAUCGAAAAUAGUAUCACCAAAUAAAAAUAAACCUAAGAAUAUAAAAUGUCACCAGUGUCCAAAGAGGUUCUCCUCGUUAGAUGCAUACAAAACUCAUGUGUCCAUAGCGCAUAUUGGAUCUAGGAUAUUUCAGUGUAAGAUAUGUUUCAAAAAAUUCCCUAGAAAAAGAGAAUUUGACCGCCAUGUAGCUUCUCAUUCUGGUAUGAAGCCAUUUAGUUGCAGUCAAUGUGAUAAGAAGUUUACAAGGAAAGAUAAACUUAACAAGCAUGAACAAACUCAUGAAUGUCUGGUUGUGAAUAUGCCUUGCAUAGAAUGUGGCGCAACAUUUGAGAAAAAACCUGACCUUGUUGCACACAUUAAGUCCCACUUUCCAGAAAAUUAUGAUAACAAAAUCCUUAAUACUGAAAUUAAAAAGGAAAAUGUACCUGACUUUCCAUUGGACAAUUUUUAUGACUUGGAAACCUGA